GAAGGCAGAAGACCUUGCUUGCAUGUACAAGUUGUUUAGUCGUGUGCCAAACGGUCUGAAGACAAUGUGCGAGUGCAUGAGCUCGUACCUGAGAGAGCAAGGCAAAGCACUAGUUUCUGAAGAGGGAGAAGGAAAGAAUCCAGUGGACUAUAUUCAGGGUUUACUGGAUUUGAAGAGUAGGUUUGACCGCUUUCUUCAAGAAUCUUUCAAUAAUGACCGACUCUUCAAACAGACUAUUGCGGGUGACUUUGAAUAUUUCCUCAACCUCAACUCUAGGUCUCCAGAGUACCUCUCAUUAUUUAUUGAUGAUAAGCUGAAAAAAGGAGUCAAGGGACUAACAGAGCAAGAAGUAGAAACUAUCUUGGAUAAAGCAAUGGUUUUAUUUAGGUUUAUGCAAGAGAAAGAUGUUUUUGAGCGGUAUUAUAAGCAGCACUUGGCAAGAAGACUUCUUACAAACAAGAGUGUUUCAGAUGACUCUGAGAAAAACAUGAUAUCUAAAUUAAAGACUGAAUGUGGAUGUCAGUUCACAUCUAAACUGGAAGGAAUGUUCAGGGACAUGAGCAUCUCAAACACGACGAUGGAUGAGUUCAGGCAACAUCUGCAGUCGACUGGGGUCUCAUUAGGUGGUGUUGAUCUUACAGUGCGGGUCCUCACAACAGGUUACUGGCCUACCCAGUCAGCCACACCAAAGUGCAACAUCCCUCCAGCUCCCCGACAUGCUUUUGAAAUAUUUAGAAGAUUUUAUUUAGCCAAACACAGUGGACGACAGCUGACGCUCCAGCAUCACAUGGGUUCUGCAGAUCUCAAUGCCACUUUCUAUGGGCCAGUUAAAAAGGAAGAUGGCUCAGAGGUUGGCGUGGGAGGUGCCCAAGUAACUGGCUCAAAUACACGGAAGCACAUAUUGCAAGUGUCCACUUUCCAGAUGACGAUAUUAAUGCUCUUCAACAACAGAGAAAAAUACACCUUUGAGGAAAUUCAACAAGAAACUGAUAUCCCUGAAAGAGAACUGGUCAGAGCCCUACAGUCCCUUGCGUGUGGCAAACCAACACAGCGUGUUCUCACAAAAGAGCCCAAAUCGAAAGAAAUAGAAAAUGGACAUAUAUUUACAGUGAAUGAUCAGUUCACAUCUAAACUACACAGAGUGAAGAUUCAGACAGUUGCUGCCAAACAAGGAGAAUCUGAUCCAGAAAGGAAAGAAACAAGGCAGAAAGUAGACGAUGACAGAAAACAUGAGAUAGAAGCUGCUAUAGUUCGGAUAAUGAAAUCUAGAAAGAAGAUGCAACACAAUGUGCUAGUAGCAGAGGUAACUCAGCAGCUGAAGGCCCGAUUCUUACCAAGUCCAGUUGUUAUUAAAAAACGUAUUGAAGGACUUAUUGAGAGAGAAUAUUUGGCACGAACACCUGAGGAUCGCAAAGUAUACACUUACGUAGCAUAAAAUGCGUUCAGAAAAUUUGAUUUACUCUUGGACUGUACUCUUCGCAUGAACUGGGAAGUUCUUUUAAAUCAUUAAUAUUAAGACGACCAUCUCUUCUAUUAAAUUACAAUACAUGUUCUAGACCAUUCAGAUCAAGCCUUUUACUCCUUUUGAGAGUUUUCAACAUGAAUUGAUUGAGCUUCAGGCUUUUCAACGUUAUCCCUGUAGAGAUCAUCCUUACAAUUCUUUGGGAAAAUGUGAAUGUGCCGCGUUUGUUUUCAAUACUGUAUGAAAACAGAAAAAUAAAAACAAAUUUAGAAAAUACAGCUCAUUAAAAAAAUAAAAUUGUUGGAAUUUCAUUUCCCCAGAUCUUCAGUGUUGAUGUAAACGUGUUUCUGUAGUGUUGCUUAGCACUUCGCGCAUUGUAUAAGUUGGGUUAAAAGAACAACCACAACUGGUAAGACAGAAUUCCCAGUUAUAUUGCUCUGCUUCAAAUGUUUCUUUAACUAGCCAUGUUUAAUUUAAAUAUUUGGUAACCUUUUGAAGACCCAAGAAUACAACUUGAGCAUGUUUCACUCUUCCAGCUGCACUCAUUGUUUGAACAACAUGAAUCAGCAACUACUGGGGGCUCAGAAAAGACCAUAAUAAUUUUGACUUUCCCUUCUGUAAUUUGAGUUCUUCUAAAUUAUACUCUAGAUUUGUUCUGGUUUCUUCAUAGGAAAAAGGAAAAGAUAUUAGUGUGUAUAAACUGUAUAAUAAUUUUUGCUGUUGUACUCACUGCUGAUGGUGGAUUGUACAGGGCGAUGUUUUUAUUUCACUAAAUGUAGACAAAAUUUUAAAAUAAAUGGAUCUAGUGUACACAAUUCAAGUGUGUUAGAGUACAGGGAUGGCAAUAUUUGAAACUAAAUACUGUCCUCUGGGGAAGCGUACUGGGAUUAUAUUUUGUCAGUUAAUACUGUAGAUGGAUCUGUAGCCACAGAGUUUCCCAUCAUAAGUACGUAUUUCAGGAGAUUAAAGUGAAGCCAGUGUGCAC